GGGAUUCUCAGAUUGGUCUGGAACAACUAUAAAGUUCCAAUUACUGUUUACUCUCGUCGCUCCUCAACCCCGAUAUGUCAAAGCCAUAGCGAUCUCUUAAUCGACAUAUCAGGAGACGCGCGCAACGCGAAUAUGGCUUCACUCAUGAGCAAUGUGGGGGUUCAAAACCUUAUUGACCGUAUGAUUGAUGGGUCGCUGUGGGAGAAUGAAUUAGAAACAAUGCUUCUUAAAUUCGCGGCAACUGGACUAUGCUUCACGAUGCUAUGCCUUUUCGGUGCUGUCAAAUUCACGAAAUGGUAUACCUCCGAACCUGUUAUUCCAUACACAGUAUCGCCUCCGCAGAAAUCGACCAACCCACCCCCGAACUGGGGCGAGCCUUCGAUUAAGCUUUCGGGCUCCUCAGCCAUACACUGUUAUGCCCCGGCGACGGGUGAGUUUCUGGGCCUCGUUAACCCCUCGACGGCCGCUGGCAUCGAUAGGUCUAUUCAACAAGCCCAGGUUGCACAGGAGAAAUGGGCGCGGACGACAUUCUCUGAGCGCCGACAAGUGCUUCGCACGCUGCUGGCAUUUAUUCUGAAGAACCAAGAGGAGAUCUUGCGAAUUGCCUGCCUCGACUCGGGAAAGACUAUGAUCGACGCCACCCUUGGAGAGACACUGACUACGGUCGAGAAGCUCCGCUGGACUAUCCUACAUGGCGAGAAGGCCUUAAAACCGGAGAGACGUCCUACGAACCUGCUCAUGAUGUACAAGGAGAACAAAGUUUACUAUGAGCCCCUUGGAGUCGUUGCCGCAUUGGUGUCAUGGAACUACCCCUUCCACAACCUGAUGGGACCAAUCAUCUCUGCCAUUUUCGCAGGUAACGGAAUUGUCGUCAAGUCAUCGGAGAGCACGGCAUGGAGUGCCAAUUACUUCACUGUCAUUGCACGAGGCGCACUGUCUGUGUGCGGACAUGACCCGAAUUUGGUCCAGACCGUCGUUUGCUGGCCACAAGUUGCCAACCACCUCACCUGCCACCCGGACAUCGCGCACAUUACCUUCAUUGGAAGUCGCCCGGUCGCCCAUCACGUCGCUGCUAGCGCGGCAAAGGCCCUGAUUCCCGUGGUCGUUGAGCUUGGUGGCAAGGAUGCUGCUAUCGUUCUUGAUUCCGCUGCCCCCGAUAUCCCACGGAUCAUUGAAAUCCUUAUGCGCGGUGUUUUCCAAUCGUCUGGACAGAACUGUGUUGGUAUUGAGCGUAUUAUUGCCGGCAAUGCUGUCUAUGACAAACUGAUUACACUCUUGGAAACACGCAUUCGCAAGAUCCGCUUAGGCUCUGAUCUUGACUCUGCACCUACUGAGAAUGUCGAUAUGGGAGCGAUGAUUUCGCCAGCUUCAUUCUCACGCCUUGAGGCUCUGGUUAAGUCCGCUGUUGCGGAUGGUGCACGUCUCAUUGUCGGUGGCAGCCGUUACAACCACCCAGUGUAUAAACACGGCAGCUACUUCCAGCCAACCCUUCUCGUCGACGUGACCGCCUCUAUGGAAAUCGCAAAGGAAGAAUGCUUCGGCCCGAUCUGCGUCGUGAUGCGCGCCGCAUCUGCAGCAGAAGCUGUUGAAAUCGCUAACUCUCCCAACUUCGGCCUCGGUGCCUCCGUCUUCGGCGCCAACGGAUACGAGAUCAACGAAGUUGCGCGCGCAGUGAGGAGCGGAAUGGUGGCCGUCAACGACUUUGGAGCAUACUACGCUGUCCAGUUGCCAUUUGGCGGAGUUGGAGGAAGCGGCUACGGCCGAUUUGCAGGCGAGGAGGGCCUGAGGGGAAUGUGUAACAUUAAGGGAAUAUGUCGGGAUCGCUGGAGCUGGAUGGGAGUCAAGACGGCUAUUCCGGCUCCCCUCAGAUACCCCAUUCCCAGCACGAGGACGGGACGCAAGCUAGUAACGGCCAUUGUGGACCUGGGGUAUCAACCUGGGGCGUGGGCCAAGGUCAAGGCUCUGGGAAGGCUGAUCCGCAAUUCAUAAUGCUUAAAUAGAUGUAAACUUAUUCUGCUAUCCAAUUACAUAAUUAUAAUCAUGUUGGAGUAAAGAGUGG